ACCGGCCCCAUCCGAUAACUCCUACAAUGUGACGGAAAUGCUUCCUGGAGCAGAACAAACCGUAACGCGAAAAACUUGAUUUUGUUGCAAUGGAACAAAAAACGUUACGCAUUGUUGAUGACCGACCAAUAAAAGUCAAUCAGUUUCCCAGUACGUUGACAUUAGUGUGGUGUUUUACGCGUUUUCGGCUCGAAGGACCGCGAAACGACCACACACUUGGUCGGAGUGCUUUCUUGUAAAAUUUCAUUCGGAGAAUGUGUGAACUGUGCGAAAUGGCAUUGGGGAACUGUUGGAUCAAGUGGGGUACAGAAAAUUAUGUCAUCCAAGCGUAAAAGUCCUCGCUAAAUGGGUAACCUCCAAACAUCGGAUGGAGGCAAGGGCGCUUCAAAAAGCGCCCAGAAAGCGACUGGACGGCAAAAGAUGCGGUUGUUGGGUGGCAAAAAGGCUGCUAAAACAGACGAGUGGACGAAAGUGGUUCCUGACACUGAUGAGGAGGAUAAAACUGCAAUUUCCGCUGUGCAAACGCCGCAAAUCUGCGAGGAUGAAGACCCGUUCAAAAACGUUUCCAGCUCUGAUUCCAACUUCACCUUGGCGCUGAGCCCUGCAGGAUUAAACCCGGAGUCUGCAGCUUUAGCCCCCGAUAUGCCUCCCCUGUUGGAACAAUCCGGUGACUUUCUCAGCUCCUUGGAAGAAGGCGGGCAUGAGGAGUUUCACUCGCUUAAUGAGGUGUUUCAGCCGUUGAAUAUUUUCAAGCUCAAUGAGUUUAGAGCGCGAGUUGACCAGGAAAAAGUGACCAAGUUGAGCAAACUGGGCGUAAGCAAGACAUCGCAGAUCAGCCUGGAAGGAGAUGGUAGUGGAUUUUCAACAGGCGUUCUGGAAUUGAACGACGAACUUAAGCAAACUCUCUGUCCAAGCGCCGAAGAACUUCCAGACUCAAACCGAGCCGAUAAGAGCCAAAUUAAUGGAGGCUGCCAGCCAGUUUACAAAAGACACAUGUCGGUACCUUUGGAUGUGAAUGUGAUGUCCGAUGGCGCCAAUCUGCAGAAAGCCACUUCUUUGAGCCGGGCCGAGCUGGAAGCGCGAUUGCAGCGGCCAAAAUUCGUUCCAGAAAAAUUGAAUUUUCAACUAUAUGAAAAGUUUGAGGGAUACAUGCUGGUAAACUGGUACUUAUCAGAGCUAAGUUCCGACAGCCCCGCAAAGUCUCAACUUGGUGUAGCUGAGCUGAAAUUGCUUGCCUCACAGUUUUGCACUCAUUUAUUAGCUGCUGGAGUGCUGAGGCAGCUGCCCGAUCCUGGAGUGCCGCCAACGACAAUUUUCCGGCCCGACUGCAUUUAUUACUGGAGCCAUGCGGAAGUGCCUCAUUCUCAACCUCAAACACCCGGUAGAUUGAGCGCGAUCUAUUGGCCGCCAGCUUCGCCAUGCGAAGUCCCUUCCUCUCCGAAUGAUAUUCCAGAACAUCCAGGCAAUGAUAUUGCGGUCAGACCCCAGGAAAUGCGGAGCUCGGCACGCGAUGUGGAAAUUUUGUCUUUGGAAGAGGAAAUCAAGAGUCUGCGCCAAGAAGUGGAGAAAUAUAAAACGUUGAUUGAAAUCCAAAAUUUAACCUCAUCAGCUGUGAAGGACUUUGAAUCCCCAACGGAAGAACGUCACCCGGCUAGUCACUUAAAUGGCAGCAACCUCAAAGUUGGAACUGUAGAAGUGGCGAUUAAUACUGAGCGAUCCACUGUAGAUGCAACCGCUCAAGCUGCCUCAGCUACAAGGGAAUUCGGGGUUUUAGCCACACAAGAGACGAAAUGUUUCAUAGAUGCUGGCACUCAAACGGAUUUCCAGCAGCUGGAAGCGAUGUCGUCCCAGACGAGUUCUUCACUAGAGUCGUCGAUUUCAAGCCCUGAAGUGCCUGCUCUACAAACCUCCCUAGUUAUACCCGUUUCUCCGCCUCUGCCCCCAUCUUCAGCUGGAAAUGCGGCCCCCAAUUUACCGCCUCCUCCUCCUCCGCCGCUGCCUGGCGGUGUCCCAGCACCUCCUCCACCGCCUCCUCCCCCAUUAUCCGGAAUUCCUCCACCGCCUCCUCCUCCAUUCUCAGGAAUUCCUGCACCGCCUCCUCCACCGUUCUCAGGAAUACCUCCACCGCCGCCGCCUCCAGGCCCAAGGAUACCGGCACCUCCGCCCUGUCCGGGCAUGCCGCCUCCUCCGCCAAUGCCUGCCUCAGCAGGAGGCCCGAAGGCCCCGCCUCCUCCGCCGGGCGGGCCUUUAUCAAUGCCAGUGCCACCAGCCGGAGGGUUUGACCCGUUACGCGCAGGGCCCCAAAUAGCUCCUUUCCAAUUAGCCACGAAGAAGGCACCGAUUAAUCCGCCAGUGCCGAUGAAACCACUUUACUGGACCAGGAUUCUGGUGAAGACCGAGAAACUGGAGAACAGUUCGGCAUUGUGGGACGAAAUUGACGAACUACCCAUUGAAACCCUUCCUGAAGAUUUUAUGAAACUGUUUUCCCGACAAGUAGUUAAUAGAACUCCGACGAUUAAGAAGCAGGAGCAGAAACCGAAAGUCGAGGUAGUGAAACUGUUGGAUAGCAAACGAUCACAAAGUGUAGGGAUUCUGGCUCACAGUCUCCGUCAGGACUUUAACGAAAUCGAAAACGCCAUUUACACUUUCGACACCUCAGUGGUUUGUUUGGAGGCUUUGCAGCAAAUCUAUGAGGUGAGGGCCUCAAGCGAAGAACUGGCCCUAAUCAACGAACAUUUGAAAACCAGGCCGGAUGUUCCUCUGGAUAAGCCCGAACAAUUCUUGCACGAUCUGUCGCAAAUUGCUAACUUUGCCGAACGAAUCGCUUGUUUGACUUUCCAGGUGGAAUUUGAAGACUCCAUUACGACAAUCAGCCAUACUCUAGACAAUUUCCAGAGCACCUGCGAGUUUCUCACCAAAAGCCCGGAGCUGAGACGAGUGUUGGCUUUGGUACUCACAUUGGGAAAUUAUAUGAAUGGGGGAAAUGUGGCCCGAGGCCAGGCUGAUGGAUUUGGGCUGGAUGUUUUGUCCCGUCUAAGAGACGUUAAAGGUGCCCAAGCAGGAGUGACUUUGUUGCACUUUGUGGUCAGUACGUACGCAAAAAAAAUCACUGUAGAAGAUGAACGGCAACUUCCCUUGCCUGUUCCCGAGCCUGGAGAUGUCCGUCGAGCGAUGACUCUCGAUUUCGAUGCCAUGAAAACUGAACUCAAUCAACUCAAAUCAAAGCUAAAUGAGUGCGCCAAACGGACGGAGAAAAUCAUCGCCAAUUCCACUCCGGAUAAUUUGCAACCGUUUAAAGAUAAAAUGGAAACGUUUCUGGAAAAGUCCCGGAUCCAGUACGAUGUUGAGUAUGAGAAACUGGACGAGUGUCAUAAAGUUUUCAUAGCUACGAUGAAAGUGUACCUGUUCAAGCCAAAGAGUGGCCCGUUGGAGGCUGUCACUCCUGCGAACUUUUUCGAGAUGUGGCUGCCGUUCUGUCUGGAUUUUAAGGAUAUUUAUAAAAAGGAACUUAUGAGAAUGCAUGUCGCCAGAACGAAGGAAUUGAAACGCAAAGAGUACCACAAAGCCAAUUCGAUAAAAGAACGGGAAAACGGACUGAAAGUGAAAUUUAAAAGGGCCAAAGCCAAGUUGAGUGAUUCGAAGAGGACACAUGAAGGAAGCCACGACACUCUUUAGAGCAGCCGAAACAUAGAAUACGUAAUUGUUUUUGUAAUUUAAAUCGAAUACGCUUAAAAUUGUUUUAAAUUUGUAAGUAACGUUUUUUAUACGCAUUUUCAGAUCUAAGUUGGAACUUUGUUGUCAUUUUAAGAGUUUAUAGAGCUGAAGUAGUACAGUAGUUGCCUCAUUUUCACUAUUUAUAGAGUGUUUGAAGACUGGGCCAACCUUUUUAUGAGUAAUCUGAAGACUACAGCGGUAGUGUAUAUUCGCUAAAAACCAUGUUAACUGAUACAUGUGAGUUACGUUUGCUGUAUAGUCUAGAAAAAAUAAAUCCAGUGUGAUCCAGUAAACAACUAACGCAACAAAUGUUGGAAAAUACUCACUGUGUGAGUAUUAUUUAGUCUUUACUUGGAAAUACAUUUUUAUUCAUAGAAA